CGCGCAGAUCGUGAACUGAGCUCACCGGGAACCACAGCGCCGCGCCGUAUAUCGCGCAAAGUAACUUCGCGAGAAGUUUUUUUUUUCUGCUGCUCGUUUCGUUGUGGGACAAUUGCAGGAAUAUUUAUAACGCGACACUGACGGGGUGUCACUUUUGCUCUUUCAUCAGCGCCGCUGAUUAAAUACGACUAGAUUGUCCCGUGUGUUAUGUUGCGUCGUGUAGUGUUUUCCUGUAUGCAGUUUUGUGAUGUUAAUCCAUGACAGGCUAUCCGCUGGCCUCUUGAAGUGUGCAUAUCUCGGCAGAAUGGCAGAUUAGGACGCAGCAGUGCUGUCUGUGUUUAUAAAUAAAGCGCCGUAACCAGAAUCGGUAGUGAAUUGUGUCGGUGGGUGCUUUUAUGACUUUUCCGCGUUUUUUGUUGGUGUGAUCUCUCCUCCUUGGAUUAGUUCAGUCUUAGUCCAAACGGAGCGAGCUCUGGGGGUGUCGAAAGGGAAAACACAGCGGCCUCAACAAUAAUCUACAUAGAAGAGUGGAUCUACGACAAUGGAGGCCGACGAGAUUCAUCGUUGCUCUGGUGUUGUUCCCCGUAGUGAUUUCACCCGCCUGAGCACCAUUCGGGAGCGAAGUAGUCGUAGCAGCAGCGAUGAUGAUUCAGAUUUCUUGGAUUUCCCCCUUCCCCCGGUCCCUCCCACGAGGGCCACUGAUGGGCAGCCACCGAGAAGUGCAGCAGCGUCGGAGUACCUCUACUCGCGGAUGGAGGACUUCGACGAUGAACCCGAGGCAGUCUCCCGGGAAGAUUUGUGUUCGAUCGUGAGCAGUACAUCUCACAACACGUUGCGUAAAAAUUCUUGGAGUGUAACGAGUGGGGGAAGCUCCAUCUCCGCCAGUGGCUCGGUGGAAGAGGGUAUACUUUAUCUGGAUGAUGUCGAGUAUGAGGAACGAUCUUCGGCUUACAGAGAGAAGUCACCUAUCCUGAGAUCGUUAUCCAUUUCGCCGGAACGUCCGCUGCAGCAGCGCCGAAGAAGACGGCGGAGAAUCCGCCGACAGGCGAAAGCAGAUGACAGCACCUGCUGCAAUGAGGAUUUCACUUGGGUUAACUCCCGAACCCAGGCUCCGAAAGCCUCUAUCGAAUCCGAUCGUAGAUCAACAUCCCAUACCACGGUCGGAAGUCGUUCCACUCGGGGUUAUCUCGGUAGCCAUGAAACUAGUACGAAAGCGGGUCCUCACCAGGGACCGGCCUUACCAACCACCGCUGUCGCCGGGUUCGGUAAGCCUCCCCGGCCUAUGACCGGCAGUCUUGACAGAAGACGGCACCAUCAUGGCGCUAGCCGUCAAGAGCGAGAUUCCAAGAGUCGUAGCACCCACUCACUGAAGGAAAAAUCGUCGUCCUCUGAGCUGCACAAGCAGGACUCUCAAUCGAGCAACCUUAGCUUGAACUCCAAAGGUAAAGCAUCAAGUAAGCGUGUGACUCAUGGGAAAGGUCAGAAUGAUAAACUUUGGAUCUUUGAAGAACACCAGCACGAUUCGGGUAACUUUAACAACUACAACAGCAGCGGAAGUAGUCAUCAUAUCAACCACAGCCAUAACAGCAGACAGAGUCCAGGUAUUUGGGAGCCUCCGCCACCGCCGCCUAUUUCGCACUGGGAUCCGCAUUACUACUGGAACUGGAAUCAUCAGAGUCGGGAGGAGCUGCGGAUGAUCGACUAUCACCGAAGGCAACAGGAAGCAGCGUACCGGUACGGGAGUAACGGAGCGCUGAGUAGCUCCCAGGACAUGUCCUGCUCCAGUGGAUGCUGUAAUCGGGGUGGCUAUUAUCAGCCACCGCCCCCGCCGUGCUGUUCCUGCGAGCACAGCCGAAUGAUGUGGGGGAAGGACUGUCAGCGCCAGGACACCGAUGAGCGUCUCCGCCGGCUGCAGUCGGACAAGGAAGCGUUGGCCCUCCAGGUCAAGGUACUGACCGAGCAGGUCCAGACGCAGAGCACCAAGCUUGCCGAGCUGGAGCGAACCGUGGGCGAGAAGAACCAGCUCCUGUCGAACGCGGAGGAUCUUCUGCAGCGAGUAAGCGAAUUUGCCAGAACAGUUGGCAUCCACAUUGACAAACAGAAAGAAAUGCUUUCCCGUUCGUCGUUAGAAACACAGAAACUGGAACUGAUGUCCGCCAUGAGCGAACUCAAGCUACAGCAGGCAGCACUAGAACGGGAAAACUUGGAGUUACGUUCCAGUCUCGUCAAUGGGACCCCCCUCAACAACGGGAACCUCAAUGGUGGUCUUAAUCUUAACAAUAAUGCCUCCAACAUCAUCACGGCCAGCAGUUUACUCAGACGGACAGGGACUCCCGUUGGCAGCGGCGGUCGGAUAAUAACAUCUACCCCGGGUAACUCGCUCAACACAUCGCCCCUGCAUCAUGGUAGUCACGGAAAUCUGCCCCAAACGGCCGGUUCUACCACAACUAGUCCUGUUACACCAAAAACACCUCCAGCAUCCUACCGACAGCGAGUGGACCUUCACUACAGUAGUCUUCCGCGGCAGGCGUUCGCAACGACACUGUCCACGGCCAGCGGGUCCAGUGGAAGCUCCACUGGCAACGGACUCACCAGCACCACCGACUCCAACGCAAACCUGAAGCGCAACGUAGCAUUCGCAGAUACGGAAACGCUUUCGUCCAGUGACCGCACCGAUGGUCAGACUAGUCAGCGCAGCUACACCCCGCAACCUUCGCCAUCACCCUCGCUGAGCCACAAAAACCUGAAGGGUCUGCGGAACAUCUUCGGAAAGAUCAAGCGAAGCAACAGCGGAACACUGGAGGACAUCUCGCCCGAGGGGGGUGUCGGAGAGUUCCGGCGAGGUGGUAUCCGGGCGACGGCCGGGGCUCGGCUAUGUUGGAGCAGCGAAUUUCGACGUCCGGACAAACCCUUCCAGGAGUGGGACAUCGAAGCGCUGUGUCAGUGGUUCGAGCAGAUGGGACUUAACAUGUACGAGGAGGAUUUGAGGCGCUGGCUGAAGGGGGGCGGGGCAGCAGAUCUGGUGAAGGCCUCGCCGGUGGACAUCGAGAAGGAGCUGAACUUGAAGAAUCCGCUGCACCGGAAGAAGAUUGUGCUUGCGGUUGCCGAUUUGACGGACAGCGAGGAGAACGAUGCGUUGCUGAAGGUCGCGGGGAAACUUGAUACGUCUUGGACAAUCCGAUGGUUGGAUGACGUGGGAUUACCCCAGCACAAAGAUAGUUUCUCGGCCGCCCGGAUGGACGGUCGUAUGCUGCACAAACUAACCAUGGAUGAUCUAAUCAGUCUACAUGUGACCUCCUGCCUGCACGUGGCUAGCAUACGGAGAGGCAUUCAAAUUAUGCGAGAGCAGAAAUGGAAUCCGGAAUCUAUCAUUCGCCGGUCGAUAACCGAUGAGUCUUGUGGUACCAAGGACGAUAUCCGGUUAUGGAGCAGUCAUCGUGUGAUGGAAUGGCUUCGGGCUGUUGAUCUAUCGGAGUACGCACCCAACCUACGAGGGGCCGGUGUGCAUGGAGCACUGCUUAUCUACGAAGUUAAGUUUACUGCUGAACUGCUGGCGGAGCUAUUGAGUAUCCCUCCAAGUAAAACUCUGCUUCGGAGGCAUUUGGCCACGCAUUUCAAAGAACUGCUGGGCCGUGAUGUAAUCCAAUCCAAACGUGAUGCAGAGAACACCCUAGGGUUUCAACCUCUCACACUAGCCGCUAAGAUUAAGACUCCCAAAAAGUCCCAGUUCUCGCUGAAGCGCAAGAAGAGCAGCAAGGGGCUCACCGGAGACGAGUGGAGCGACUAUGUGUGCCCGAUGGUGGACUCAGGUCAGGAACAACAACCCACCCAGCAACCACAGCAAUCAUCGCAUCCAUCACAGUCUGCAUCCGCUGCUAGUUCUACCGUUGAUGUUACUACUACUACCAGUGCCACUAGUGCCACCAACCGCCAUCACAGCCACAACUCACACGCCUCAAACGCUUCCCCCUACUCCGCUAACACUAAUCAUGUCACUAGCAAUGCAAUGGCGGCUACGAUGAAGACCCACGGCAGCACUCUCCCCGACAGCAGCACCAGCAGCAGCAGCAUCAGCACAGUCACGACCUCCGCAGUCGGGUCCGAAGUUGCUUCACAUCAGCAACUGCUGAGUAACGUCAGCAACAACAACAGCAACAGCAACACCGGUUCCGAUUCACCCACCUCGACGCGUAGCUCCACCACUUCCACAUCCUAGCAGCGGUUGAUCUCGGCGGCCUGUUCGAUUUCGUCGACCGCCUCCUCGUCGCCGAUCCCGAGCAGCCUGAUGUCGAGCAAGAAUAACUACUUUAUUGCAUCCUUCUCGCCGGUGAAGGAUGUUUAUAAGUCCGUUUCAACCAACUCUAAUUAUUCUUCCUCGUCGUCACUGGUCUCGACGGCAAGCUCGGCCAGACCCCAGUCGCAGCAGUCCCAAUCGCAAACGCAAGCACAGCAGCAGCAGCAACAACAGCAGCAGAAUAGUAAGAGUGGGGGAGAUCUAUCUUCCGGAGUACCUGUUCAGCGGUCAGCCUCCUUCAAUGCGACUUGCACGGUUCCGCUGAGUGUCAGCAAGACUACGCAAGUGAAAAAUUCCGCUUCAUUCAGCAGCUGUUCGCUGUUGACGAAAGUGGCGAAGAAAUCGGGCCUCACUGGAUCACUGACGGCCCACUCGCUACUCAAGUUCUCCUCUUCCAGUUCGGCGAAUAGCUUGCUUCAGCUGAAGCAACAGCAUCAAGCGAACGGGAUCUCGAUUUCCAGCAAUAUCACCGAGGCUCUGGCUAUGGCUGGACAGAACUCAAAUCCUUCGCUGUCGAAUUCCUCCUCCGGAUAUCUGAGGCAUUCCCCCUCGGCUUCGUCGUCGACAUCGUUGGCCUCGUCAACGACUUCGACGGUCACGGCGGCCGCGGCCGUUACCAAUCCUCCCAGUUCCUCCGCCACUAUCAGUGCUGCCCUUUCGCUGUCUCAGUUCAGCAAAAACAGCAUGGUUGACUAUUAUGUUUAAUAGUAAGCAAGCCUGUAGUCAUUAAGCUUUAGGGGAAAAAUUAUAACGUUUUUUAGGUAGAUCACGUGUUAUAGAAAUUUGUGUUUUUUUUAGAGCUAACGCCCUUCGAUGGCCGCCGCAGCUCAUCGAGGAAGACGAAGAAACCGAUACUAUUUCUGUUUUCUGUUUUCUCUUUUGUAAUCAUAAUCUAACGUUAAGCCAACCUGCAAACAAUGUACCAUUGAGGAAAAAAAAACAUUACCGCUAACCCACGGGAACAAAUCCCCACUGAAAAUGACCAGUUAUUUAUACAAACGCAAGGACUAACACAAAAAAAACCUACUAGAAGAGGAAUAUUACAUUUAUACUAAGGACAAUGUUAUCAUAUCUAUCUUGAGAAAGAGAAAGGGGAGAGACAAACUGUUUUCACUUUUUUACUAAUCGAACCAACCAAUUCUCCCUAGGACCAGAAAAAACAACUGUCAACUAUUGUUAGAAAUAGUGUAUGGAAUACACGUAAAACUACUCCUCCUAUUGUAAUUGUGUUGCAACAAGCUUCGCAUCGUAGUUCCAUAGCCGAGUGAUUGUGUUCUGUGUAGCGCCUCAGAGCCACCCCCCCCCCUACCCCCUCCCAUUUAGUUCCGUAGAGUUCAACGCUACCAUCACAAUGUGACAAGUAUUAAGUAUACCAGCUUGGUUGAGCCUGAUUGACCAUUCUCAGUUAGCAGAACCGUUUGCCGUGUAGACAUUAGUAGAGAAAAUCGUUGAAACAAAUAUAGCGUUAAUCAUGUUCGCAUGUGUCAACUUACACGAUAGUCAGCAGAGUAAUAAUGUUUGAAGCCAAAGACAAUAAAUUACACAAGAAAAAAUUAGAUGAAAAAUACACAACCUCCCCCAUUUACAAAAGUUUACGCCAAGUUUGUAUAGAACAAAAGUGAAAUGAUCAAACGUCUUUAACACUUACUGAAAAAUCUACUCUGUCGAUCUUUUCCUCAUCUCCUCAUCUGAAACUCUACUAAAAUGCUACUAUCGCUUACACUUUCCGUCUUUCCUUCCUAGCUUCCUUCUUUACAACAGUCAACAAAGAAAAGCGAAACUUUGCGAACGUUCGAAGAUUUAGUUCACUCAAAAUGAGAGGCGACAGUUUUGUGUGAAACUAAUUCAAUAACUAGGAUUCAAUCAACCAACCAACCAACCAAUUGUUGUUACUAAAUUAAAGUAAAUUAGUGAAGGUAAAAACAAAAAAGCAAAGUAAACUAAACCACGUUAAUACAGAAUGUUAAGAAUGUUGACAGUCAAACAAGCAGAUAGCGAACAAAGUUAAGGCAAUACCAAACCAUUAUAGUUUAGAAACACACACAGUUGUUCCCCGUUUUGCGUAUAUUAACAUAACAAAAUUGAUAAAGAGAUCCAUAGGAAGAAAGAAAAAAAGAGAUACAUAACCAUACACAGCGCAAACCCACUAGCCCUUAAAAACGAUAUUUUGGAGUUCACUGUGGAUAGUGGAAGACUUUACAAAAGUAACAUAUUGACAAAGAAAGAAAAAAUUAAUACAUUAUACAAGAGCGAAGCGAAUGUUCGAAAUUGUUCUGCCGAAUGAAAAAGGAAACAAAAAAAAGAGAAACAAAUGAUGAUUACAAAAGUGACACAUAAGAAUUUAAAAAAACCAGUAAGAAGCAACUAUUGUAGUUCAGUCAUUGAAUAAAUUUAUCAAUAAAACAGGAUCGAGGGAGAUCGUGAAAAGUAAG